CAGUAGGCAGCGCAUGCUCACUUCUAGCCUGUAUGGUCGACUUCAAAGCCUUUCGUUGUAUCUCCGGCCAUUGGGAGCGUGAUGCGUCACAAUACUCUCCUCUUCCAAUCGGAAGCACGGCUCUGGAACAGAAGGGUGGGACCGGGUCGUCGUGGUGUUGUUACCGGAAGCGGCCGUUGUAAAGUUCUCUUCGAGCUGAGGGGAGGGGCAGCAGAGUGGAUUUUUCUGGGGCACCUCUGGGUCCUAAAGCCCACCCAGUUCUAUCCCCCCUUCCCAUCUAGUCCAGACUCUGCCUGCCGGCCUGCUGCGCCCAGUCUGCUCUCCGCAGAGGUUUUAACGUAUCCAUAUAAUGCAAAGAGAAGAAUAAUCUUUGAAAUGGUCUCAGUUUCUGUAAAGGAAUAUAAUUGAAAAUUAUGCUCGUUAUAAAGCUGACGAUUCAUCAUCAUGAAUUCUAUCUCACCGAUCAGUUAUACUAUUCCUGAAAUCAAACGCCUACACUGUAUCCAGAGUGAGCUGAGAAUAGUGCAAAAUAGUGGUCAGUCAGAGCUAGAUGUUACUGAAGAUCUGAGAAGGAAGCUUCAUCAAGCCAAAAAAGAAAAACUGGACAUAACCACUAAACAUAAUCAAGAUCUGUCCAACUAUGAAAGCCAGAUUGCCAGGUUGCGAUCUGAAGUUGAGAAAGGAGAAGCCAUUCGACAAAGUCUGGAAUAUGAACUGGUCAUUGCCAGAAAAGAUGCUGGUCUUCAAAGAUACUCUGCAGAAGAAAAUUUAUGUGAAGCCAACAAUCAACUUCAGCAGAUGCAAGUCAUGAAUGCAGAGCUUCAACAGAAAUUGGUGGAGACCGAGAAAGUGUUGCUUGUUUCUCAGCAGAAUUGGAAGGAACAACAGCAAAGACUUACAAGUGACUUAGAGGAGAGAGAGAACAUCCUCAAGACCUGUAAUAGUGAAUAUGAAUUACUCCUGAAGGAAAGGACUAAACUGGAAAACAUUAUACAGGAGACUCUGGAGCAUCACAAGGAGCAGAUGAAUAUGAUGGAAUCACAAAUCAGGGAGACAGCAGUAAAGGAGUUCAGGUUUCAGUUAGAGCAGUGUGAAGCAGAAAGAAGAGAGUUCCAGUUUAUGUUACAGGAGCGAAAUAAUGUACUACAGACUAUGCACAAGAAAAUACAAGAUUUGGAACUGGAACAUAAUGACUGCACAGAGAUUUUGCAGCGACAGAGCAACGAACUUAAAUAUAGUACUGAACGAGAGGAGAGACUUAAAAAAGACCUUGAGGCAGCAACUGUGAGAGUGAAGAAAUUGGAAGAAAACAUUGAGGCAGAGAGAGCAGCACAUCUGGAAUCAAAAUUUAAUUCUGAAAUUAUCCAGUUAAGGAUUCGAGACCUUGAAGGAGCUUUGCAGGUAGAAAAAGCCAGCCAAGCAGAAGCUCUUUCAGAUUUAGAAAUGAUCAAGAAAGAAUUCAAAGAGGUGGAAAACGCAUAUGAGAGAGAGAAACGUAAUGCCCAAGAGAGUUUGGAAAAACUCAAUAUAUUAGAAAGAGAGUAUUUCUCCGCAAACAAGCAACUUAAUGAAGAGAUCGAGGAAAAGAAGAAAGUAAUUACAGACCUCUCUGAGAGACUCCAGGAUAAUGAAAAAAGUUGUCAAGAAUUACAGGAGGAACUUGCAAGGGCCAAGAAACACCAGACAUUCCUAAAGGAGACCUGUGAAAACAACGUGAGAGAACUGAAGUUACUCUUGGACAGCUUUACUGUGUCAAGCCAGCGGACAGCAGGCAGUCACAAGGACAAAGAUAAACCUCCAAGCCUCUCAGUUGUCCUUGAGACUUUGAGGAGUACCUUGACAGAUUACCAGAACAAGCUGGAAGAUGCAUCUAAUGAGAUAAAGAAAGUGAAAGCUUCCUGUGAGAAGAUGACAAAAGAGAUUGACUCAUCCAAACAAAAAAUACAGUCUCAAAGUCAAGACCUUAUGGAAGCUCAGGAUAGGCUGGUUGAUGUCAAUGAAGAGUUAAAUCAUCUGCGCACUAAGUGUGCAGACAGAGAAGCUUUAAUAGGCACUUUAAAAAUGGAACUGCAGAAUGUACUGCACUGCUGGGAGAAAGAGAAAAUACGAGCCACAGACUCAGAAAAUGAAAUCCGGAAGCUUACCAGGGCUUACCAGAAGGAUACUGAGGAGAAGCUAACCUUCCUCCAUACUUUAUAUCAACAUUUGGUAGCAGGCUGUGUGCUUAUAAAGCAACCAGAAGGCAUCCUGGAUAAAUUCUCCUGGUCUGAGCUUUGUGCAGUCUUGCAGGAGAAUGUUGAUGCUCUGAUCCUAGACCUCAGCAGGGCUAAUGAGAAGGUAUCUCACCUAGAAUAUAUUUGCAAGAACAAGUCUGACACUAUGAGGGAACUUCAGCAGACACAGGAAGACACUUUUAACAAAGUGGCUGAACAGAUGAAAGCACAGGAAAGCUGUUGGCAGAAACAGAAAAAGGAGUUAGAGAAGCAGUACUCUGGACUCCUUGGGGAAGUUCACACAAGGGCACAGAAAUAUCAAGAAAUUGCAGAAAAAGCCAAAGAAAGAUGUUCUGUCAUUGAAAAAGCACGAGAGCAGUUGGUCCAUGAAAAUUCACACUUGAAAAGUAUAUUAAUGCACACACAAAAGGAACACGAGUCUCUCCUGGCAGCCUGUGCAUUAAUGAGUGGUGCUUUGUAUCCUCUAUACAGCCGAUUAUGUGCUUUGUCUACACAAAGGGACUUUCUCCAGGAUCAGGUCCAUGCCUAUGAAGUACUCAAGCAAGAAAUCAGGACUCUAGUCUGUGCUUUGUCUGACGUAGAGGAAAAGAGGCAGGAUGAAGUGAAGAAAAAGAAAGAGCCUUUCAAAGGCAUGAUAUGUAUAUUCCGGAAAGGUGUUAUUGCAGUUCUAGCUGCACACAGACUUCAAAUUUUGGGGCAGUCAAGUAGUUCUCUUUUCUCCUGGGUAGAUGGUUUCAAAGAAGGCAUAGGAAUCCUAGUUUGCAUAGGAGAGGCCAAGGGGAAACAGAAUGUAUCAAAACACCAAAAGGAACAAACCCAUUGUCUUCAAGCACUAAAUUGGUUUACCAGUUCUGACCUUCUAGCUGCAAUAAUGAGUUCGGUGGCUGAAUUACAGGAAGUUGUUAGCAAAACAGAUCCAAAUUCCUGGCUUUGUGGACAUUUACUUAUAAGUGCAGCAAGGAAUUCUUUUUCAAAACUCAUGGACAAACUUAAUGUACUAAUGGAAACUAUAGAGGUGGAUAGCAGCAGGACCAUCUCAUAUGCAGAGAAGGACUCCUUGGUUCAAAGAUUGGCUCGUGGACUUCAUAAAAUAAAUGCACAUGCCCUAAGAGCUGGCCGAGCUGACAGAAUACCCAUUACAAAAAGCAUAGCAUCCUUGCAGAAGCAAAUAUUUGAAUUUACACAAAGGCUGCAUACAGCAGAAGUGGAGCGCCGUUCACUACGCUUAGAACUCACAGAAUUCAAACGGAAUUUGAAUGAGAUGAAGAAAGAGGCUGACAAAGCCCAGAGCCUGCAAGAACAAUUAAAUGCGUUUAAGCAAUCUAAAUUGAUCACCCAUGAGAGAUUUGAAAGUGCAUGUGAAGAACUGAAUAAUGCAUUACAUCGAGAGCAGCAAGCACAAAUGCUUUUGAAUGAACAGGCACAACAGCUACAGGAGUUAAAUUAUAAACUGGAGUUGCACUCAAGUGAAGAAGCGGACAAAAACCAAACCCUAAGUGAAGCUGUAAAGAGUCUCUCUGAGGCAAAGAUGGAGCUGAGAAGAAAAGAUCAAUCUCUGCGUCAGCUCAAUAGACAUCUUACCCAGCUGGAGCAGGACAAGCGUCGACUGGAAGAGAGCAUCCAUGAUGCAGAGAGUGCCCUCCGCAUGGCAGCAAAAGAUAAAGAAUUAAUUGCCAGUCAUAUGAAAUCAGUGGAAGCCACCCUACAGAAGGUCAGAGAUCAGAUCUCGCUGUCACGGACUGCGGCAACCAGGAAUGACUUCACCCUGCAGCUACCCAAACUGCACCUGGAGACCUUUGCAAUGGAAGGGCUGAAGGGCGGGCCAGAGGUUGUAGCAUUUCAGGCUCUGAUGAUAAGUUUUACAGAUGUCUACCAACUCACAAGCUCCAGAGUUGCUACACUGGAAAGAGAAAUAGCAUCUCAUCGACAUCACAUUGCAGCCCUGAAAUCAGAACUCCAAACAGCUUGUCUUCGUGAAAAUGAAAGCUUACAAUCAGUAGCAUCUGUGGCUUCACUCAGAGGACCUUUAUUAUGCUCAGUGCUACUCAACCCAAACAAAGACAACCCCUCUUCCCAGGAAUCACGAGACAGUUCAAACAUCCCAAUGGCUUCAAGAUCAGCACUUCAGCCUGACCAGACCUGUAUCCCAGAUUUUUUGCCAUUGCAAGCUGAGUCAGAUACAUCUUACAGUUUUAUACACAAUAGACCCCAUUCUCGGUCUUCAUCCUAUUCUUCUGCCCUCAACAUCUCAGCCAGCACCAAAAGAACAAUUCAAAAUGGGUUUUAAGAUUUUUUUGUAUUAAUUUUAUGAGGAAAAACUGUAUACAUUUUAAAUGAUGCAAUUAAAAUGAUAUUGAGCUAUCUUAGCUUUGAACUGUGCUUUAGCAUGUGUAUUUUGGGCACUAAUUUUUACAUUUGUUUGGUGAGUGUCUGAUCAUAUGUCCAUGUUCCCAUACUUCUCACUUCUAAUGAAACAAAGCAGUCCAGGGUUUUUUGUUUUCUUUUUUUUGUUGGUUUUGUUUUUUAGUUUUAGUUUUAUUUAUCACUGUUGUUCAUUUUUAUGUAAUAUAUUUUUAAAUGUUAAAGAAUGACACAUUUUGGGUAAUUUUCUUCAGACUUAAAAAAAAUCAAUAAGCCAUUUUAGUCUCUAUCUAUCAAAGUUGUUUCAUACUUGUCUAUUUUAAAUCAGGACUGCAAUACUUUAAUAGGAUUGAGAGAGCUAUUUGAAAUGUAUGCCAAUGAUUCCUGUCAUUUCAUGGCAGCCCUGCCAUGGUUCACUGAGCCCCCUCUUCUCUCUUGUCAGCUCAACUGAAGACAAGCAUUUAGUUGCAAACUUUAAGCAGGUUGUGCAAAACAGAAAUGAUGUGACUGCUGCUCCUCCUGCACAAUAAUGUCACUCCUGGUCAAUGUGAGAAGGUCAGGUUGCUCCUACAUGAUACCACUUGCCCAUUUGAACAAGUUAAGUUAACUGCUGAAUCUGGUCCCUGCAGGCGUUGAAAACUCAUCCUUUUAUCAAGUCUGCAUUUGAUGAGAAAGUAGAACAAUUGUGCAGGCAGGAUUUCUGAUGACAUGUUUAUGUACUUUAUAAGGACAGUUCCCAAACCACUGUUACAGGUAAUAUAUUUAGUUUAAGCAGAAAUACUUUAAAGUAAUGGCAGUUUUGACCUUCAAAAUAGACUCCUUUUUUGUUGUUGUUGGUAGGACCCAAGAGUGACGCCCAUCUUUGAUGCUGACAGAAUUUAAAGCAAAGCCAUUGCCCUGCAUUUUCUGCCUUGUAGCACACAAAAGUAAAAUUGUAUGUCAGGCCGAGAUGUCGGGGAGCUGACAAGAUGCCCCAGUGACAUUUCAGCUGGAAAGAGCAAGUGUCUUGCAACCAAGUGGUCAAAUAUCAAAUAAUAGGUCAAGCAGGAAGGAGCUGAGUUCUAACCACAAAGAGGUUUCUGGUAACUUACUUGACAAGCUUUUGGGUGCUUUGUGGCUUGACAAAGUGAUGUUCUGUUGGGUAUCGCUAGACAGACUGUUCUUUAUCGCCUUCAGAAGAUCAGACAUUGACAUUGAUUAAACUCUUUAACCCUUAAAGGUUAAAUUCUAGCAUCUUGCAUCAUUGAGAGUGGAAAAACAAAAGAAAAUUUAUAAGAUACCAUUUGUUUUUGUAUUAAUCACUGAAUUCCCUAGUGCUAUUAACUUUUGAUGUGCGAUGUAGUUUUUGACAAAGAGAUUGAAUGCAAAAUCUAUAUAUUAGAUUGUUUCUCAUUGCGGACCAGUAAUACAUUAUAAAAAUAACAUUAUGCAUUAUGAAAUUUGUAAUGUCUUGUGCUAUGUUAAAAGUAACAUUUGAUUCUAAGAAUUCUGACUACUGAAAUGUUCUUUAUUAUUUUGCCUGGGAGAUAUUCACAUAAAUAAAAUACACAACAUUAAAAGAAAAAUCAUGCAAACUCCUAUUCUCUCUUCUACUACGGACUCUAUUACAAAUAUUAGGUUAUAAAAGACUGAAACCUACUUGAAAAUUUUCAUGUAUUUCUGAUAUUCAAGAUCUUUAUUUAUAUGUGCUUCAGCAGAAAUGCUGGUGUAGAUCUGCACAAACACAUCAUAAUUGAGCUAAUUUUAUUGUCAAAAGUACUGAUACAAUAAGUAAAAUUACUUUUUCUUUAUGUUGUGUUUAGACUGUUUAAGACAUUUUCUAUUCAAAUGGUAAGACUCAGCUUCUCUCCUUCCUAACAGUGACUAUUCUUUGUAUAAGUAUUGAACAUAGUGUACAUUUUUCUCACAUAUGUAAUGUCACAGCUCUUUUAUACUUAUAACAAAUGCUUUGUGAAAUGUAUCUAUUGUGUGUAUGUGUUUUUCAUGUGUAUGCUUUCUUUUAAAAAUAGUGCCAUUUGAAAGAUGUCAUAUAGUCUGAGAGAUACUUUGGCGCAUGAACUCAUUAAUGGCUCCAUAAUGAGUAUUCUGGCUCAUUAACAAUCAAAUAAUACCGCAUUGUUCUUCAGGCUUAUGAAAAACUUUCAGGGCCAAGUGAAAAAUUCGAAAGGAACAGAGGAGAUCCUGCUUAAGCAGGUCUCACUUAAGAGGGUUGCAAAAAAACUAGUUGCCUCCAUGGCAUUCCCUUUUUCCCCUUUCUGGGAAUAUUAGUAAGCCCACAGUGCUGGGAUUCCAUAGGUAAUAUCCUAAAUCCAUCUCAAUCUGAUUAAAAAAUGUAGGUCAGAAAUGGCCCAGGAUGGAUGUAGAUAAUUUCUCUUUUGCCACCAUAACUUUCAUAUACACAUUUCAUUCCUCCUAUUUGAUUUACUAGUUAUUUGAAACUGCUAGGAGAAAUUAUGAGUCACCUCAGUCUUGAAUGCUGGCAACAUGUACAUGACACCCUUCCCUGUUUACUGUUCCCAUCAUAUACAAACACCAACACUGCCCAUUUAUCCUGGUACUUGAGACUAUGUCUAUACUACAGAGAUUUGUUGGAAAAACAGCCGUUUUUCUGACAAAACCUGAGUUAUGUCCACACUACAAUCGCAUUCUUCUGAA